AUGGAUCCCCAGCAUGCCUUGCUCAACGAGGGGCAGGAGGGCGAGACGGAGAUCGUCGGCUACAAGACCCAAGGCGUCCGCAGGGCCCUGUGCCUGGCCGGGUAUCUCCUGUCCUGCGGAGGGCUCCUGCUUCUCUUCCACUGGAAACCGGAGUGGGACGUGUGGGCAAACUGCGUGCCCUGCAGCUUGGAGGAGGCCGACGUGGUGCUGCUCAGGACCACGGAUGAGAGUAAAAAGUACGCGCGGAAGAAGGUGAUCUGGCUGGACCUUCAGAAUCUCUUGGGCCAUGAAAAAUCGGAGUACAGCUUCAGUACAGACAAGCAUUCAGUCCUCAGAAAAGCCAUAAAGAUGCCUGACAUGAAAUUGAGAUAUAUCCAGGUACAAAAAAUCCGCUAUGUCUGGGAUUUUUCUGAGAAACAGUUUGCCCCAGUUGGGUCCCUCGAGGACAGCCACACCUGCUACGAAAUGCAUCACAGAUUUGGGGAAGGGCUGGAGAGGAAGGAAAAGGGUCUCAGGAGCUUAGUGUGCGGCCCCAACACCAUCAAGAUCGAAAUCCGUCCCAUCUGGAAACUGCUUUUUAAAGAGAUCCUGAACCCCUUCUACGUCUUCCAAGCCUUCACCCUGUCCCUCUGGCUCUCCCAAGGCUACAUUGAGUUCUCCGUGGCCAUCAUCAUCCUCUCCGUGAUCUCCAUUGCGCUGACCGUGUAUGACCUUCGGCAGCAAUCCCUCAAGCUGCACAAGCUGGUGGAGGAGCACAACCGGGUCCAAGUCACAGUCUGGAUGAAAGGCGAAGGGAGUUGCACCUUGGAGUCUUGCCACUUAGUCCCGGGCGACGUCCUUCUCCUGGAAGGCCAGCGGUUCUCCCUGCCGUGUGAUGCCAUCCUGCUAGAGGGGAGCUGCGUGGUCAAUGAGGGGAUGCUCACAGGUGAAAGUGUUCCGGUCACGAAGACCCCCCUGCCUCACACCGACAACACCAUGCCCUGGAAAGUGUACGGGAUGGGGGAUUACCGGCGGCACGUCCUCUUCUGUGGCACGGAGGUGAUCCAGAUCAGGCGGGCAGGCCCAGGGCCCGUCCGGGCCGUUGUGCUGCAAACAGGCUUCAGUACCGCCAAGGGAGACCUGGUGAGGUCCAUCCUCUACCCAAAGCCACUAAACUUCAGGCUUUACCGAGAAGCCUUCCAGUUCAUCGUGGGCCUGGCUGUGGUUGGGAUCUUGGGGCUGAUCUACGCAACCUGCGUGUACGUGAUCCAGAAGCAACCCGUGUCGGACACUGUGGCCAUGGCACUCCUGCUCCUGACCGUUGCCGUCCCCCCAGCCAUCCCAGCGGCCUUGACCACCAGCAUUGUCUAUGCCCAGCGGAGGCUCACCAAGAAGAAAAUUUUCUGCAUCAGUCCCCAGAGGAUCAACAUCUGCGGCCAAAUCAACUUGGUGUGCUUUGAUAAGACAGGCACCCUAACCGAGGACGGGCUGGAUCUCUGGGGUGUCGUUCCUUGCCAGAACAAGAGCUUCCAGAGCGUACACAGCUUCUCAGGGGCCCCUUUGGCCUGGGGGCCCUUAUGCAGCGCCAUGGCCACUUGCCACUCCCUUUUGCUGCUGGAUGGGAAGAUCCAGGGAGAUCCGCUGGACCUGAAGAUGUUUGAGGGCACGGACUGGGAAAUGGAACAGCCCCAGCCGGACAACAGCCGAACCAGCCUACCCGAGUCAUGCGUCGUCGUGAAACCAGGCCCUGCUGCUUCCCCAGCCCCUGUGGAAGGAAUUGUAAUCCUGCAUCAGUUUCCCUUUUCCUCCUCAUUGCUGAGAAUGUCCGUCAUCACGCAAGAAGUGGGGAAGAGCAGGUACGAGCUCUACAUGAAGGGAGCCCCAGAGACGGUGGCCAGCUUCUGUGAGGGAAUGACUGUUCCAACCAACUUCCAAGCUGAGCUGAAACACUUCACGGCUCAGGGCUUCCGAGUCAUUGGCUUGGCCCACAAGAAGCUUGUCCUUCCUGAAGGAGCGGCCUUCAGUGACCUGGAAAGAGAGGAGUUGGAGUCCGGCCUGACCUUCCUGGGCCUCCUGGUCAUGGAGAACCGCCUGAAGAGCGAGACCAAGGCCGUCCUGCAGGAGCUCAGUGGGGCCCGCAUCCGGAGUGUGAUGGUCACGGGUGACAACCUUCAGACAGCCAUCACCGUGGCCAGGACUGCCGGGAUGCUUCCCAGCACCAGCCAGGUGGUCCUGGUGGAUGCCUGUGAGCCGGAGGAUUCCAGCCCGGCAUCCGUGACUUGGCAGCUGUUGGAGGAGGAGGCGCCCUUAACCGCAGGCAAAGAGGAGGGCCUCUAUAUUACCCUGGAGGACUCCAGUCCAAAAGAGGGGGGCCGUGACUUCCACUUUGUCUUGACUGGGGCAUCCUAUCAGACCCUCACCAAGUCCUUCAGCAGCCUGCUGCCCAAGGUACUCGUGAACGGAACGGUCUUUGCCCGGAUGUCUCCAGCGCAGAAGUCAAGCCUCGUGGAAGAAUUUCAGAAACUUGAUUACUACGUUGCCAUGUGUGGGGAUGGAGCCAACGACUGUGGGGCCCUGAAAAUGGCUCAUGCUGGGAUCUCUCUGUCCGAGCAGGAGGCCUCGGUGGCCUCCCCCUUCACUUCCCAGAUUCCCAACAUCGAGUGUGUGCCAGCACUGAUAAGGGAGGGCCGGGCCGCUCUGGUGGCCUCCUUCGCCGUCUUCAAGUAUCUGACCCUCUAUGGCAUGCUCCAGUUCUUCGCCGCCACCCUGCUUUUCUGG